UAUGUACACAUUUGUUAUUAUUCAACCGAUAUAUCAUUUUUAUUAAGAACAUUAUUUCUGAUAUUAAUUUUACACCGGUUUUUAAGUAUGGCAAUCAUGGAAUUUGAAGAUACCGCUGCAAAAUCAUUCCAUUGAGCGAAUUUUCGGAGUUUCUAAAAACCGUAUAUAGUGGGUGACGGAGCAAAUAUUAUCAAUAAAGCAAAGUUAAAUUUAGUUUUAUGUUAUCAUUGGGAUCGAAUACUUAUCAAUUAACAAUUGUAUUGUGGAGUUUUCAACGUGUUGGCAGUUGUAAUAAAAAGUCGACUUUUGACCAGAUGAGAUAAGCAACUAAAAAUUUACAUAAAAAAAACUAUAAUUUAUCAUAUCAUUACAUUGCACAAAAAGUCACUAACUACAAAAGCCAAAAUGUCGGAAAAAUUGGAUGUUAUUAUAUUUGGUGCCACUGGUUUUACAGGAAAAUACACCGUUUUUGAAGCUGUUAGUGUACUUAAAAACUAUCGUUGGGGCAUCGCUGGACGUAGUCAAGAAAAACUAGAAAAGGUACUCCAAGAAAUGGGUGCUAAAGCGCAGAAAAAUCUGAUGGAUAUUCCUAUUAUACUAGCUGAUGUUGAAAACGAAGCUUCGCUCCUGGCCAUGGCCAAGCGUUGUCGUGUUCUAGUAAAUUGUUGCGGCCCAUACCGAUUCUUUGGCGAGCCUGUAGUGCGGGCAUGUCUUGAAGCUGGUACCCAUCAAGUUGAUGUUACUGGCGAACCUCAAUAUAUGGAAACGAUGCAACUGAAAUAUAACAAACAAGCACAGGAACGAAACGUUUUUAUAAUUUCUGCUUGUGGAUUUGAUUCAAUACCGGCAGAUCUUGGAGUAGUUUUUAUAGAAAAAAAUUUUGAUGGAGUAGUAAAUUCAGUUGAGAGCUAUCUUAAGAAUUACUCAAAAGGGAACGGAUCUAGAGGAGGUGCUGGAAUACAUUAUGGUACUUGGGAGAGCGCAAUUUAUGGAUUGGCCCAUUCCAGCGAACUAAAAGCAAUACGCGAGAAGUUAUACGAAGACAAAUUGCCGAAAUUCACUCCAGUUUUAAAACAUCGACCUCUUAUUUUUCGUUCCGACAUUGUAAAUGGAGUUUGCCUUCCAUUCCCUGGACCAGAUCGUUCAGUUGUAAUGCGUUCACAACGUUUUCUUUAUGAAAAUGAACAUAAGCGCCCUGUUCAAAUGCAUACUUAUAUUACUUUUAAAUCGUGGAUUGCUGCUGUGCUAGUGGCUUUAUUUGGAGUUUCAUUUGGAUUUUUAACUAAGUUUUCACUUGGUCGACACUUAUUGCUGAAAUAUCCUAAAGUUUUCUCAUUUGGAUUUGCAUCUCAUGAAGGUCCUUCAGAAGAAGCAAUGGAGCGAGUACAAUUUUCUUUUACCAUGAGGGCAAAGGGAUGGGCCAAUUCGGAGAGAUUGACAGAACCAACGGACCAAUACACAGAUCCACCAACAAAAACAUUAACGGUCAAGGUCUCGGGAUCGAAUCCUGGUUACGGAGCCACCUGCGUAGCUUUACUUAGUACGGCUGUAAUAAUAUUAAAGGAAAGUGAUAAAAUGCCAGGACCUGGUGGCGUUUUACCACCAGGAGCUGCAUUUGCGAAAACAAGUUUAAUAUCUGAAUUGGAAAAGCAUGAUCAUGGUAUUAAAUUUGAAAUUUUGGCUAAUAAGUAAAUCCCUCUUAUAUAACCAUUGUUGCAAGUUAACAUAGAGCUUUAAUAUGUUUAUGUUUUUAAUCGAGAUCCAAAAUAGCACAUAUCUAAUACAACAUAUUUUUCAAAUUUUCUUGUUUUAUAAGUUGAAACCUAUUAAGAUGUAAUACAUAUUAAUAAAAAUUAAAAUAAAUAUAUUGAAUGUCUUUGAA